GCGGCCUCUUGGGAAUGGAAAGCUCAGCCUCCUCAGCUGAAACUCUUUUUUGUGUGUUUGUUGCUUAAUGUUCCGAAGGAUAAAAGAAACUGAAAGUCCACCGCAGAGCUUGCCUCCUGGGGCCAUGGCGGAUGCGGCUGCUCUCCACCUGGAUAAGAACUUGCAGGAUGAGUUGACUUGUUGCCUUUGCUUGGACUUCUUCAGGAGCCCAGUGCUGAUCCCCAGGUGUUCGCACAGCUUCUGCAGGGAAUGCAUCUCUCAACACUGCCAGAAGAUGACAGGCAAGGCCUCCUGCCCCGAGUGCAGGGGGAAGCUCCACCCCAGGGACUUGGUGGACAACCGGUCCCUUGCCAACAUCGUGGAGAUCGUCCAGCAGAUGAAGAAGGCCCCAAGGAUAUGGUCAAGAAAGGCCAGCUAUGGCCAGGAAGGGAUGGCCCCCACCUUGAGAGAAGGCCAAGGAAGCAAUGGAUCAGCUGGGCUUCUCUGCCAGCUCAAGGAUACAGUGAAACUAAACGAACUCACCCAAGAAAUAGAAAAGACCCUUGAAGCAAUUGCCAGCUGGAAUAAAGAUAGUGCUGAAAUGAUGGAUUAUGUAUCUCUUGUCAAGAGUUCAAUAGUAGAAGCCUUCAACUUUGUGAAGACAUAUAUCAACGACCAAGAAAGAAUGGUGCUGAAUGUUUUUGAGAAAGAAUAUGUUGCAGCUCAGCAAAAAAGAGACACAAUGAAUGAACAGCUCAAUGUCAGAAUUGACCAGCUUCUUGUUUUGCAAAAAGAUAUGAUGGAGAACACCUUGUUGGAAGAAAAAGUUACCAUUGGUGAUCCUAUCAAAGUGAAUGAAGUUACUGUUUCUGUUCAGAAAAUUAAUAACAUUGCAUGCACUGUAGAAGAGUUCAAAAGAAAUCUGGAAAAGUUAGUUGUGGGGAAUAAUAACCCAGUACGGCCAAAUGAAUAUAUGCCAGGAACAAGCCAGAGCCAAAUGGACAUAGCAGAGGAUGAGGCAGCCACCACGAGUGGUUCCUCACAGAGCCAAAAUUCACUUCCGGGAUCUGUCUGCUGUUCUCCUGUAAUGCCUACAGACAAACCACUGCCAAUUGUUUCAAGUCAGUUUUCUCAAUGGGCAGCUGAUGUGGCUUUUGAUCUCCAGAGAAUCAAUACCAGACUAGAACUUUCAGAGGAUAGAAGGAUGGUGAUGGUUUCCCGUUUCCCUCCAAACUACGAACCUUCUGCAAAGAGAUUCCGCAUCAGCCAGGUGAUGGGAUCCCCAGGAUUUUCAGAAAGGUGCCAUUAUUGGGAAGUCAGCACCAGAGACGCUACUGGAUGGGCCAUUGGUCUUGCCCAUGAAGAAAUUGGGAGCAACGACAAACUGGGGAGAACGGGGCUGUCCUGGUGCAUAGAAUGGUCCAAUAAGCGGCUCUCAGCAUGGCAUGGGAACCGAGAGACACACAUUUGCCAAGAGAAACCUCUGCAGGUUGGAGUUUUCCUUGACAUUCCAAGAAGCUGUGCAUCCUUUUACUCUCUCACACAUGAGGAAACUUGCUUACACACUUUUGAAAUCAAUGUGGCAAGGACUGUCUACCCUGCUUUUUGGAUAUUUGGUGUGGAUGUAGGUGGAUCCUUAACUAUAAACAAUAUCAGACAGUGUUGAGACAGAAUGGCUGUUUUCACACAUGCUCCUUCUACCCUAAGUAAUCUUUCCCUACUGCAAGCAACAGUUCCCUUAAAGAAGGUGACUUAAACCAUCUUAAUUAAGGCUGGAAUUGUUGGGAUGCCUAUUUUACCCUGAAAAUUAAUACACUCUGUACAAUACAAAAUAUACAAUAGAUUUAAAUACUUUACCAAUGUUUACAUUUGUCAGAAUCUUACAUUUCCAAGUACUGAAAAGCUGUUUAAAAUCUGAAUACAAGUUAAUUUAGGAAAUCAGUAAUAAUGUUGGCAAGAACAACAAUUUCAUAUAGGUUUUUUUUCAUUCUUCUACGGUAAAAAAUAACGUUCUUGAAAUCAGGGUCUACUCAGGCAUGGGCAAACUUUAGCUGGGAGUUGAAGUCCAGAACACCCGAGGGGCAAAGUUUUUCCAUGGCUGGCUGAUAAUACAAUCAUCAAAAUUUCUCAUAUUGCUCAGCAUUCCAAACUAUUUUGACAGUGACAAGCAAGGUCACUCCAACUCUAUCGUGAAGUAAAGAGAUCUCUUUUAUUAGUAGUUAAAAGUCAACAGUUCAUCCAGAACUUCCCAUAUGACCUCACAUUUUAUUUUCUUGGUUAUAAUAAAUAAGAGUCUUCAGCCACACAAGUCUUACUGUAGGGAGCCAAUCAUAUAUCUGUCAUUCCAUAACAAUAUCACUAAAAGGAAAUAGGGUCUUUUGAAAGACAUCAACUUGAAGGUGGGCUUGGAUGCUACAUUUUAGACCACAUUGACCUUAAAUAGUCUGGCCAAUGGCCAUAGCUGUAGUUCAAUACUCACCAGGCCGCAGGUUCCCCACCUAAGGGAUUUUAGAAUAAGUUGAUUUUUUUUUUCAAAAUUCUGUAUGCUGAAUUAUUUAGUGAAGAUAUACUCUGUAAAUGGAGCCCCCGGUGGCACAGUGGGUUAAACCACUGAGCUGCUGAACUUGCUGACUGAAGGUUGGUGGUUUGAAUCUGGGGAGCUCCUACUGUUAGCCCCAACUUCUGCCAACGUAGCAGUUCAAAAACAUGCAAAUGUGAGUAGAUCAAUAGGUACUGCUUUGGCGGGAAGUUAACGGUGCUCGAUGCAGUCAUGCUGGUCACAUGAUCUUGGAGGUGUCUACAGACAACACCUGUUCUUUGGCUUAGAAAUGGAGAUGAGUCGGACACGGCUAGACUUAAUGUCAAGGGGAAACCUUUACCUUUAUUAUACUUGGCAAGCAUGCAUUAAGUAUCCAGUUAAAAUAUAUUUCCAUAUUCUAUGCCUAGCUUUUAUGCUUUGCUGUUACAUCUGGGGCAGAAAUCGUGGUGUCCUCCUAGUGUUAUUCAACUGCACAUCCCAGUAGUCUUGCCCAGUAUAGUCAAUGGUGAGAAAUGCUGGGAUCUGUUAUCUAACAACAAAUGGAGGGGCACAUGAGUUCCAUCUGUUCUGAAGAAGUGCACUCAAUCUAUAGAAUCAAUACAGUUUGACACCACUGUAACUACCAUGUCUCAAUGCUAUGGAAUCAUGAGAGUUGUAAAAUCAAGAACUUUGGCCUUUUCUUUUCUAAAAGUGCUACAUUUCCGAAGAUUUCAUAGCAUUGAGCCAUGGCCAUUACAGCGGUGUCAAACUGCAUUAAUUCUACAGUGAAGAUGCACCCAAGGUGGUGUUUUAUAGUCUCUGAUGCUGUUUUUUAUACCAAGAGCUAUAACUCUUUUCUUUAGAAAUGGAAAAAUAUACUGAUACAUUAUUGAGGUUUAUGAGGUUUGUGUCUAUGUGCUGUCAAGUUGCCUAUAAGUUUCGUGGGUUUUUCUUAAGCCAAUAUUCCUUGGUGCCAUUCUCCCACUGCAAAUUUUAGCCUGCAGCACUUGGAAUUUCUUGGUGGUCUCCUAUCAAACAAAGUACCAAUCCCAAUUGACCCUUAUGUUCCAAGAUCAAAUGUGAUCUGGUACCUUCAACAUAUUUAGUUGUGAAUUACUUGACUUUAUAUGCAGUAUUACAGCUGCAAUCAGUAUUAGACCUCAGGUAUGCUGAAAAAUAGUAAGACCUUUGAAGGUUUCAGAGAUCUUCUGAAGUGAUAAAUAAAAGUGUGGAAUGUGGGUCAGGACUGAGUAAAUGAAUUUUUGCUUCAGCAUGUUUACACUGCUUUUGUCCUGUUUCUGUCAUAAGUGAUUUUAAAGCAGCCGGCUAACACAAAGUCUUUUGCAAAUUCCAUCAAUAAAACUGCUUUAUUUUU